ACGACUGUCAGGAUUCAGGUAUCUGUACGCGGCCGCACGGCCAGAUCCACGGAAGAUCAACCGAAUGAGCUUAAUCUGGCCGAGUCAAGACGGCUUCACUUGCGCACACCUCAGGAGAGGCGUCGAUGGACGAGGGCACAGCACGAGUAAGCCGAGAGGCAACAGCUUUCGCCUCUCUCACGUCGCCAAAGUUGUCCUCGAGGUUGAGCUUCCGGCUGCUGACCUGCAUCUCAAGUUUACCGGCGACGGCAGCUUUUCUUGAUGUGUGUGGUGUUAAGAUUCAAGGUACCAAACGUGUCAGCAUGGGGAUGGCGUGGCUAGCGCAGGAACAAGGCCAGCAAGGGCGCAUUUCGAAACACGCUAUCCCUGUUCCUCCCCUGCUACUCCUGCUGUACCUUGCUACGCGGCAAACAUUGGGGAGCUGAAAAGAACCAUCACUUCACCUGUCCUGCUCUAGUCGACUCGUUGGUUUUCGCCCUCGCCCUUUGUUGCUCCACCCAGCGUCAAGACUAGAAGAAAAAUCUACUGCCUGUUCGGAGAAUUAUAGCCAAUGCUCUCCUCA